GAUGAAGACGAAACCUCCUCCACAAUCGAUGUCACUUACGAACAGGAGGGUGAACCUGGAAGAGCUACAUGGGGUGGAAAGAUCGAAUUUAUACUCACUUGUGUGAGUUUUGCAGUCGGUCUGGGCAACGUCUGGCGUUUUCCCUACCUCUGUUUCAAACAUGGCGGAGGUGCCUUUCUCAUACCCUAUAUCCUUACAAUGGCGGCCAUGGGCCUUCCGAUCUUCUUCAUGGAAUUCGCCUUCGGACAGUUUGCAAGCGUCGGGCCGAUUUCCAUAUGGAGCAUUAGUCCACUUUUCAAAGGUAUCGGCUACGCAAUGACAACCGUCGUAUGGCUGGUUACUGUCUACUACAAUGUAAUCGUUGCACAGGCCAUCCUCUACCUCCUUGCAAGCCUCAAUUCACACCUGCCGUGGUCGACCUGUGGCAACUGGUGGAACAACGACAUCACAUGUCUGGACCAGACCAGUAAGACUUUUCGUGAAGUCAAGUUAGGCGAACGAACGUUUUUUUAUUAA